CAAAGGUCAAAGCGUCGUCCCUUCACCUCUUUUUCUCUUUCUCCCUUCCUCCCCUCUUCUGGGCGUCAUGGACGCUUGUCUGGGCAGCGAACUGGCGGGGGUCGUUCGGAAGUCCCGCGUGUUUGUGGUGGGGACGGGCGGGAUCGGCUGUGAGCUGGCCAAGAACCUUGUUCUCACUGGCUUUCAAGAUAUCGUCAUGAUUGAUCUAGACACGAUUGAAGUGAGUAAUCUGAACCGUCAGUUUCUGUUCCGAAAGUACCACGUGGGCAGACCCAAGGUCCAGGUAGCCCGUGAGGCUCUCCUACAGUUCAACCCUCAGGCCAGAAUCACUGCCAUCCAUGACUCCGUGUUCAAUCCAGAUUACAAUGUCAACUUUUUCAAACGGUUCUCACUGGUUAUGAAUGCCCUCGAUAACAAAGCCGCUAGGAACCACGUGAACCGACUGUGUCUAGCGGCGGGAGUGACGCUGAUAGAGAGCGGCUCUGCAGGAUACCUGGGUCAGGUGUCUGUCAUUAGGAAGGGAGAGAGUGAGUGUUACGAAUGUCAGCCAAAGCCGACGGCCAAGACCUAUCCGGCCUGCAGCAUCCGCAACACUCCGUCGGAACCCAUCCACUGCAUCAUAUGGGCCAAACACCUCUUCAACCAGCUGUUUGGAGAGCCAGAUGCUGAUGAAGACGUGUCCCCUGACACCGAGGCUACUGAUGAACAUGACUCAGGGGGUCAUAAAUCAGGGGGCCAGAAAUCAGGGGACCUGGGAGAACAUGGCCCAGGGGGUCAGCAAUCAGGGGACCAGAAUUCAGGGGACCUGGGAGAACAUGACUCGGGGGGUCAGGGGGAAGGUGUCCCUAUGAGUGACGGACUCAGUGAUGGAGUUAACGGUGGUCCAGUUCAGAGCAAGCUGUCCACCAGGCAGUGGGCUGAAAACAACAAAUACAACGUAGAGAAAAUAUUCACCAAGCUAUACCAGACUGACGUAGAGUAUCUACUGACCAUGAAGCAGCUGUGGGAGAAGAGAACUCCCCCCACACCUCUCUCUCUUCAGCAACUCACCUCCUCUUCCGACAAUGAUGGAGAUGGUGCUGGUGGCAGUGAUGGUUGUCUUCCUGACCAGAGAGUGUGGAGUGUCCACAAGUGUUCAGAUGUCUUCCAGCUCAGUCUGGCCAAAUUGAGUGCAGAGUACAGGUCGAAAGGAGAGCUGACCUGGGACAAGGAUGAUAAGGUGUCCAUGGACUUUGUUGCAGCGUCUGCAAACCUUAGAGCUCACGUGUUCAACAUUCAGAGGAAGAGCAGAUUCGACAUGAAAUGUUAGCACUUACGACGGAAAAUUCAAGCCCGCUUUAGUAUUUCUUCUCUCACCGCACCAACCAGCCAUGGCGGGUAAUAUAGUUCCUGCUAUAGCUACCACUAAUGCUGUCAUUGCUGGACUGAUUGUCAUGGAGGCUCUCAAGGUUCUGGCUGGAGACUUCAACAAAUGCAAACAGAUAUACCUGCCGAGAAUGCCAAAUCCUUACAAGAAGCUCCUCGUCACGUGCUCCCUUGCCCCACCAAAUCCCAAAUGCUACGUCUGUUCGCCCAAACCUGAGGCUAAUAUCAAGCUGAAUACCAACUCUGCUACUGUAGUACACUUCAAGAAAAGGUAUAUAUGUACGUAGCAACUAUUGUACAUAACUGUUGAGGAAAAAGUGUCUUUAUUUUCUCCAUUCCACUUUGCAGAUUGUUCUCUGUUGUUGAUUUGACUGUGAUGUGUCGCAAUGGUGUAUAUAUGUACAUGUAUAUACAUACUUCAGAUACUGAAGAAUCAUUUUGGAAUGCUGGCACCUGAUGUGGACAUACAGGACGGGAAGGGCACCAUUCUCAUCUCCAGUGAAGAGGGAGAAACUGACAGCAACCUCCCCAAGUGUCUGGCAGAGUUUGGGGUGAAGGACGGUACCAGACUCACUGCCGACGACUUCCUACAGAACUACACACUCGUUCUCAACAUCAUUCACAGCUCAGAGAGCUUGCCCGAUGAAAAAGAGUUUAUGGUUGUGACAGAAGAGGAGCAACAAGAAGAGACGAAAGAAGAAGAGCGUGUGGACUUGUCGGUUCGAAAGCGAAAGGCACCACCUUGUGAUGGUGAUGAGCCAGUGCUGCAGAACGCUGCCAAGAGAAUAAAAGAUGAUGCAGCUGCUGCAGCUGUGCAGGAGAUAAAUAUUCAUCUGACAUCAUAGUCUGUUUCAAUUCCCUCCAUUCUGUGCAUUUACUCUCCUUAAUAUACCUGCAGCUCCAACUCUGUAUA